AUGGCCCCUACACUCAUCUCGGUUGAAGAACGCCGGGAGCAAAUGGCCCUUGCUGAGGCCGAUGGUGUCCAGUACAUUGGCCGAUGCCCAGAUGAUCUCGAUGAGAAGUGGAUUGACGUCCCGUUACCUGAUGGUCAGACCAACCGGACCAAAGUAGUCUGGCCAAAGUCCUCAGCGGCAAACCCGCUCCGCUGUCCCUUGAUAGUUUACAUUCACGGCGGCGGCUUUAUUACAGGUACUCCUGAUCUGGUAUUAGCGCCUGCCCGAGGGUUCGCGUCUAUGUUUUCUGCUGUUGUGGCCUGCCCAAGCCUCAACCAACUUCCAGAGCAGCCAUUUCCGGCACCUAUUAAGAUUGCCUGGGAGGUUUGUUCCUGGUUGUCGGAUGCCAAUAACCUCAAUAACGGCGUAUUGCGCCAAGAUGGAACGACCGUCGACUUAGACCGGGGGUUUAUUGUUGGAGGUCUGAGCGCUGGAGGGACUGCUUCCGCCGUCAUCGGUGGUAUAUUCGGAUCUACGGCUGCAAAACUGAGUACAUUCAGCAAUUUGACUAGUCUUCAACAUCCCAUCACUGGCAUCUUCUGCAACCUUCCAAUGCUUGUUACUGAUGCCAUGGUUCCAAAGCACUAUGAACAGGACUUCAAGUCCAGAAUUGAGAACGCCGACCCCGAUGGGUUUAACAUCACCCAGAUUCGAGAGCUAGAGAAGUUAAUUGGUGAUUUUGUCCACACUCCGUGGUUCUCACCUAUCAAUCUGGACACUUCUGAUCCAAGCUCCACUCAAAACCAUCCGAAGAAAGUAUUCAUCUACUGCGGAGGGCUCGAUCCAUUCCGGGAUGAUGCAAUAGUAUAUCACAAGUGGCUCUCGGCUUUGCCAGGGGUGGAGUCUAGGCUUUCCGUGCUUGAGAAUUCCAAUCACGUUGCUUGGGCAACACCGGCGUAUCCAGCUUAUCACACGCGAGAGGUGAAAGAGGUAGCUUUGGACGGCAUGUCAUGGUUGCUGGGCAAGAAGUGGGAUAGUAGUGGAAAGGAUCUCCCAAUUUGA